AGGAGCUGGUUCUUGAUAACUGCCGUUCGGACGAUGGAAAGAUCGUUGGUCUUUCUUCAGAUUUCGAGAACCUGGAGUUCCUCAGCAUGAUCAACAUCAACUUGCUGUCUGUCUCCAAUCUCCCCAAACUUAACAAACUCCGGAAGCUGGAGCUGAGUGAUAACAGGAUUUCUGGUGGCCUUGAAGUUCUAGCAGAGAGAACUCCUAACCUGACACACUUGAAUCUAAGCGGCAACAAGAUCAAAGACAUCAAUACCCUGGAGCCCUUGAAAAAGUUGCCAAACCUCCAUAGUCUGGACCUCUUCAACUGUGAGGUGACGAUGCUCAUCAACUACCGGGAGAGCGUGUUCACCCUUCUGCCCCAGCUCACCUACCUAGACGGAUUUGAUGCUGAUGACCAGGAAGCCCCUGACUCAGACCCUGAAGCAGAUGGGGAUGGACUGGAAGAUGAAUAUGAGAAUGGGGAAGUAGCGAGUAUUGGGGAACUGUCACGCUUAUCUCCUCUCCUUUUGGUAGAAGGUGAGGAAGAGGAUGAUGAUGAGGAGGAAGAUGAUUUAGAUGAAGAAGUCAUUGAUGAUGAAGAAGAUGAAGAUGAUGAUCUGGAAGGUGAAGAGGAGGAAGAUGGAGUAGAUGAUGAGGAGGAAGAUGAGGAGGAAGAUGGUGAGGAUGAUGAAGAAGAUGAAGCUGAUGAUGACCUUCCGCGAGGGGAAAAGAGAAAACGAAAUGUAGAGGAUGAAGGAGAGGAAGAUCCAGAAGAUGAAGAGGACGAUGAGGAUGACUGAUCCAAGCGAGCCAAUCAGUUUUACAGACUAUGACUGUGCUUGUCUUAACCUCCCUGUUGUGUCUAUGUGAGACUGUAAAUCCCUGUCUCCCACUCCUCCCCUCUUUGUAUGGCUGCAGCAUCCACAAUAUAUUUUUUUAAGAUGUAGAAUACUGUAGGCAUUCAGGGGAAUCUUCCAUACAAGGCUCACUUUCUCACAAGUAUCUCAUGACCAAAGGCUUUCUCCGUUCUGUGGUUUGUGCAGCAGUUUG